UCUUCAUACCUGAGUCGAAUCUCUUUCCGGCGACUCGGCGCCAUCGAAAACUCCCUCGCACGUAUAGACGAAGCUUCGAAAACGGCUACAAUGGCUGCCACCUUUGAGAUUCCCCACAUCCCCUUUUCUUCUUCCUCGUAGUCCUCUCCCACCAUAGCUGAGCCAUUCCCAUUGUGUCUGUGUUUCUCCUCUCUGCCCCACGUCAAUGGAGCUCGGUCGGAGACCCGAUCGAGCCUCAAUGGGUAACGUUUCAUCACCAAGUCCCCUUCUUUUAGCUUUGAUCAUCCUCCUCGCAAUCCCGGCGGCCACAUCGAGGAUCGCGGUAUCCAAUUUCGAGGAGUUCUACGCCCAGCACUGCGAGCAGACCCUCCCCAAGUCGACCCUGAUCACGUCCGAGAAGGCGAUCCCCAGCAGCGAGUUGACUCAUUCGCUCGGGGUUUACUUCUCCGCAUCGUCCUCGGCCGUCAACUCCCUCACCGCGGCGUCGUUCCAGCCUCAAUGGGGCGUCAAGACCGAGAACCCUGGGCAGUUGAAGCUCAGGGGGAGCCUGCUUCUGAUGGACCCUGCUGUGAUGGGGUUGAAUUCCGUGAACUCGACUGCUCGCCGGGGGCUGCAGAGGACCUUCCGAGUUCGCGGCCCGAGAUUCUCUUCCAGACCGUCAAGGCCAAGGUUCAAUCUUUUCGGGUACUGGUCGCAGCCCAAGGGGAAGCUCUGUAUGGUAGGCUCAAGCUUGUUUCACGAGGAUGGCGGUCCGCUGAAGUCCCUCGAUGCAGUCUUUAAGCUCAAUUUUCCGACUAAACCGAGCAUUAAUGAUAGCUUGAUUACUGGCGCUUUAGAAAGUUUGAGUAGUGAUGAUGCUUUGAAUCAUCCUUAUGUUCCUGUUUCUUUGUUGGGUCUGAGUAAAAGUGCAGAGUAUGAGUACACACUGAUUAAGAAAGAGGGCGGAGAGAGCGGGAAAGGCAUUUUUAGUGAAUUCGAUGAUGGUGGCGGAGAGAAUUUGUCACUCGAGAAGUUACGUCAAGACGUGUGCUCGCUGUUCAGGUGGAAUUCCGCUUUUGAGUUGGAGUAUGGGAGUGCUUGUGAGGCUUCUCGUAAUUGCAAUCCGAUCGGUACUGAUGUCCAGUUGUUGCCUACUGCUGUUAUAUUGAAAGAGAUUCGGUGCUCGGACCAGGGAAAGUUGCAGAUGUUAUUGAAGUUUCGAAGCUCCAACAACUUCUACUACAAUGUUGAUUACUAUGGUUUUGAUCCUAGCACUGCGUUAAUUGGGGAAGGGGAGUGGGACGGGAAGGAGAACCGGCUAUGCCUUGAUGUGUGUCGGUUUCUGAACUUUUCGGAUUCUUUAGCCAGCGCUUUUGUUGGAGAUUGCUCGAUUAAGCUGUGCCUGAGGGUUUCUGCAACCAUCUCCAUAAGGAGCAGGAGUCCAUUAUCAGGUCAGAUUUGGAGCAGUAAGACAAAGAACGAUCCCAGUUUCUUUGAGAAAGUCCAUCUUCAGGUUUCUGGCAUGACCUUCCCGGGCGUGAAAUAUGAGUAUACUAUGAUGGAGCGUGUGAGAAAUUCCUGUGUGAAUUUUAAGAAUGCAAAACAGAAGGGGAAGACUUAUCCUGAUUGGAGCUCACGCGAUAUGAUGUUUGACUUGUCUGUGAGAGAUAGCAAGGGAAAUGUCGCGCGUGGCUACUCAGCCCCGCUAUCUGUUGGUGAUCAGCAUUAUCAGUGGUCUUAUUAUGGGGGACAUUUUUUUCCUGGAACAAACCGAACAGUGAGUGCAGUGCCCGUUCAGCUGAAUACAACCCAAGGCACUUUGCAGAAUAUCAGUUACACAUUGAGCUUCAGGGUCCCAGCUAAUUCUAAGUUUAGCAUUGGUGCUGGAGAUGAUCGCUCAGCAAAACUUUUCGAGAUUUUUUCGGAAGGAGUAUAUGAUAGAGAGGUCGGGUCUUUGUGCAUGAUAGGGUGUUUGCAGGCUGCACGGAGUAAUCAAACUGUGAAGAGAAGGAAUGCCAUUGAUUGUGAAAUUCGGGUGACCGUUCAGUUCCCCCCCUUGAAGGCAAAAUCAGGUGAGAAAAUCAAAGGUUCAAUCGAGAGCCUUAGGGAGAAGUCUGAUCCUCUCUACUUCAACCGUCUCGAGGUGUCCUCCAGUUCGAUUUAUUUUGGCCAAGCGGCAGAAUCCAUUUGGAGAAUGGAUCUCGAGAUCAUUAUGCUUCUUGUUUCCAAUUCUCUCACGUGCAUCUUCCUCAGCUUGCAGCUCUUCCACGUGAAGAAACAACCAGAAGUGCUUCCUUUCAUAUCUAUCGUGAUGCUCAUAGUCCUCACUUUGGGUCUUAUGAUCCCUCUCCUGUUAAACUUUGAAGCCCUUUUCACCGGAAACACCACUCAGAAGAAUGCUGUCCUCAACAGCGCUGGGGGUUGGCUGGAAGCAAAGGAAGUGAUAGUGAGGGUGGUGACAAUGGUGGCUUUCCUUUUACAGCUCCGUCUUCUCCAGUUGACUUGGUCUGCAAGAAAUGCCGAGGAAACCCGAACGGUUUUAUGGGUCUCCGAGAAAAAGGUCCUAUAUGUGUCUUUUCCACUCUACCUUAGUGGCGGCUUGAUCGCUCUCUUGGUUUACCUGUGGAAGAAUUCCCACUUGGGCACAUCCUCCCGAUUAGCCCGAAAAGGACUAUGGCUACACAAACGACUCAGGUACCAGCAGGUCUCACUAUGGGGACACCUCAAAUCUUAUGCGGGCUUAGUACUCGACGGGUUUCUCCUCCCUCAGAUACUCUUCAACCUCUUCUUCGACUCAAGGGAGAAACCUCUUGCUUCUUCCUUUUACAUGGGGACCACAAUUGUUAGGCUCCUGCCUCACGCAUAUGAUCUCAUCAGGGCCCACAUCUCCCCAUGGUACCUCGACUUAUCGUACAUCUAUGCAAACCAUAGGAUGGAUUUCUACUCCACUGCCUGGGACAUCAUCAUUCCUUGUGGUGGGUUGCUGUUUGCGGUUCUUGUGUUCUUGCAGCAGCGGUUUGGAGGUAGGUGCAUUCUCCCGAAAAGGAUUAGAGGUUCCAAUGUAUACGAAAAGGUUCCUUCGAUUAGCAAUGAUGAAUUAUAGAGUUCUGAGUCUAUGUAUUGAGAACCUUCGAUAGUUGGGGAUGUCGAAACAGUUGAAAAUUUUAUCGUUUUACUGCUGCCAUAGAGUUUAAUCCUUUAAUCUAAACUCUUUACAGAUUACACGUUACAAAAGUUGCAAUUCCAGUU